CGGCGGCCGGCGGCGGGGGCGGCGUGCGGCCUAGCGUCUCAGAGUGCCCAGCAAAGAAUGUGAUGGGAUCUCUAGCAUGUCUGCGGAGAGCGGCCCUGGGACGAGAUUGAGAAAUCUGCCAGUAAUGGGGGAUGGACUGGAGACCACCCAGAUGUCAGCAACACAGGCCCAGGCCCAACCCCAGCCAGCCAGCACAGCCAGCGCCAAUCCCCCACCCCCGGAGACCUCCAACCCCAACAAGCCCAAGAGGCAGACCAACCAGCUGCAGUACCUGCUCAGAGUGGUGCUCAAGACGCUAUGGAAGCAUCAGUUCGCGUGGCCUUUCCAGCAGCCUGUGGACGCCGUCAAGCUGAACCUCCCUGAUUACUAUAAGAUCAUUAAAACGCCUAUGGACAUGGGAACAAUAAAGAAGCGCUUGGAGAACAAUUAUUACUGGAAUGCUCAGGAAUGUAUCCAGGACUUCAACACUAUGUUUACAAAUUGUUACAUCUACAACAAGCCUGGAGAUGACAUAGUCUUAAUGGCGGAGGCCCUGGAGAAGCUCUUCUUGCAAAAAAUCAAUGAGCUGCCCACGGAAGAAACGGAGAUCAUGAUCGUCCAGGCAAAAGGAAGGGGACGAGGGAGGAAGGACGCAGCAACGGCCAAGCCCGGCGUCUCCGCGGUAGCCAACACAGCUCAAGCAACAACUCCUCCGCAGACCCAGACCCCUCAGCAGAACCCUCCGCCUGUGCCCGCUGCGCCUCACGCCUUUCCUGCUGUCACCCCAGACCUCAUCGUCCAGACCCCUGUCAUGACAGUGGUGCCUCCCCAGCCUCUGCAGACGCCCCCACCGGUGCCCCCCCAGCCGCCACCCCCGCCCGCUCCAGCCCCGCAGCCUGUGCAGAGCCACCCGCCCAUGAUUCCGGCCGCCCCACAACAGCCUGUGAAGACAAAGAAGGGGGUGAAGAGGAAAGCGGACACCACCACCCCCACCACCAUCGACCCCAUUCAUGAGCCAGCCUCGCUACCCCCGGAGCCCAAGACCACCAAGCUGGGGCCCCGACGAGAGAGCAGCCGGCCCGUGAAGCCCCCAAAGAAGGAUGUACCGGACUCGCAGCAGCACCCAGCCCCCGAGAAGGGCAGCAAGGUCUCGGAGCAGCUCAAGUGCUGUAGCGGCAUCCUCAAGGAGAUGUUCGCCAAGAAGCACGCCGCCUACGCCUGGCCCUUCUACAAGCCCGUGGACGUGGAGGCCCUGGGCCUGCACGACUACUGCGACAUCAUCAAACACCCAAUGGACAUGAGCACCAUCAAGUCCAAACUGGAGGCCCGUGAGUACCGGGACGCUCAGGAAUUCGGGGCCGAUGUCCGAUUGAUGUUUUCCAACUGCUACAAGUAUAACCCUCCUGACCAUGAGGUGGUGGCCAUGGCCCGGAAGCUACAGGAUGUUUUCGAAAUGCGUUUUGCCAAGAUGCCAGACGAGCCCGAGGAGCCAGUGGUGCCCAUGUCCUCCCCAGCGGCGCCCCCCACCACCAAGAUGACGGCCCCCCCCUCGUCCAGCGACAGCAGCAGCGAUAGCUCCUCGGACAGCGACAGCUCCACCGACGACUCGGAGGAGGAACGGGCCCAGCGGCUGGCCGAGCUCCAGGAGCAGCUCAAAGCCGUGCACGAGCAGCUGGCAGCCCUCUCGCAGCCGCAGCAGAACAAACCAAAGAAAAAGGAGAAGGACAAGAAGGAGAAGAAGAAAGAAAAGCACAAAAAGAAAGAGGAAGCGGAGGAGAACAAGAAGAGCAAGGCCAAGGAGCCGCCCCCGAAGAAGACCAAGAAGAACAGCAGUAACAGCAGCAGCAGCAGCAGCAGCGCCGCCAGCAAGAAAGAGCCAGCGGCCACCAAGAGCAAGCCCCCCCCGGCCUACGAGUCCGAGGAGGAGGACAAGUGCAAGCCCAUGUCGUACGAGGAGAAACGGCAGCUGAGCCUGGACAUCAACAAGCUGCCGGGGGAGAAGCUGGGCCGCGUGGUGCACAUCAUCCAGUCGCGGGAGCCCUCGCUCAAGAACUCCAACCCCGACGAGAUCGAGAUCGACUUCGAGACCCUCAAGCCGUCCACGCUGCGCGAGCUGGAGCGCUACGUCACCUCCUGUCUGAGGAAGAAGAGAAAGCCGCAAGCUGAGAAGGUUGAAGUGACUGCUGGCUCCUCCAAGGUGAAGGGCUUCUCGUCGUCCGAGUCGGAGAGCACCAGCGAAUCCAGCUCCUCCGACAGCGAAGACUCCGAAACAGAAAUGGCUCCCAAGUCCAAAAAGAAGGGGCAUCCCGGGAGGGACCAGAAGAAGCAUCACCACCACCACCAUCAGCAGAUGCAGCCGGCCCCAGCCCCCAUGCCUCAGCAGCCGCCUCAGCCUCCUCAGCAGCCUCCGCCCCCUCCGCCUCCACCACAGCCUCAGCCUCCCCCUCCGACGCCGCAGCAGCAGCAGCAGCAGCAGCAGCAGCAGCAGCCACAGCCGCCUCCGCCCCCGCCCCCUCCUCCCUCCAUGCCGCAGCAGGCAGCCCCGGCCAUGAAAUCCUCGCCCCCGGCCUUCAUCCCUGCCCAGGUGCCCGUCCUGGAGCCCCAGCUCCCGGGCAGCGUCUUCGACCCCAUCCCCCACUUCACCCAGCCCAUCCUGCACCUGCCACAGCCCGAGCUGCCACCCCACCUGCCCCAGCCACCCGAACACAGCACCCCUCCCCAGCUCAACCAGCACGCCGUGGUGUCGCCCCCAGCUUUGCACAACACAAUGCCCCAACAGCCAUCGCGGCCCAGCAACCGAGCUGCCGCCUUGCCCCCCAAGCCUGCCCGGCCAGCUGUGUCCCCUGCCCUGGCCCAGCCCCCCCUGCUCCCACAGCCCCCCAUGGCUCAACCUCCCCAAGUGCUUUUGGAAGAUGAGGAGCCGCCCGCCCCACCCCUUACCCCCAUGCAAAUGCAGCUGUACCUGCAGCAGCUGCAAAAGGUGCAGCCCCCCACACCGCUACUCCCUUCCGUGAAGGUGCAGUCCCAGCCCCCGCCACCCCUGCCGCCCCCGGCCCACCCCGCGGUGCAGCAGCAGCCGCCCCCACCCCCUCCGCCCCAGCCCCAGCCUCCACCCCAACAGCAACAUCAGCCUCCCCCGCGGCCCGUGCACUUACAGCCCAUGCAAUUCUCUGGCCAUAUCCAGCAGCCCCCGCCCCCCCCAGGCCAGCAGCCCCCACACCCACCGCCCAGCCAGCAGCCACCCCCACCGCAGCCCGCCAAGCCUCAGCAAGUCAUCCAACACCACCCUUCGCCGCGGCAUCACAAGUCAGACCCCUACUCAGCCGGUCACCUCCGCGAGCCCCCCUCCCCGCUUAUGAUACAUUCCCCCCAGAUGCCAGCGUUCCAGACCCUCAGCCACCAGUCUCCACCCCAGCAGAAUGUACAGCCCAAGAAGCAGGAGCUCCGUGCGGCCUCCGUGGUGCAGCCCCAACCCCUGGUGGUGGUGAAGGAGGAGAAGAUCCACUCGCCCAUCGUCCGCAGCGAGCCCUUCAGCCCCUCGCUGCGGCCGGAGCCCCCAAAGCACCCGGACAGCAUCAAGGCCCCUGUCCACCUGCCCCCGCGCCCCGAGAUGAAACCUGUGGACGUGGGCAGGGCUGUGAUCCGGCCCCCUGAGCAGACAGCGCCCCCGCCGGGUGCCCCCGACAAGGACAAGCAGAAGCAAGAACCGAAGACACCAGUUGCACCCAAAAAGGACCUGAAAAUCAAGAACAUGGGCUCCUGGGCCAGCCUGGUGCAGAAGCACCACACCACCCCGUCCUCCACCGCCAAGUCGUCGAGUGACAGCUUCGAGCAGUUCCGCCGCGCUGCCCGCGAGAAGGAGGAGCGGGAGAAGGCCCUGAAGGCGCAGGCCGAGCAGGCUGAGAAGGAGAAAGAGAGGCUGCGGCAGGAACGCAUGAGGAGCCGGGAGGACGAGGAUGCGUUGGAGCAGGCUCGGCGUGCCCACGAGGAAGCGCGCCGGCGCCAGGAGCAGCAGCAACAGCAGCAGCGCCAGGAGCAGCAACAGCAGCAGCAGCAGCAGCAGCAAGCGGCUGCCGUGGCCGCGGCUGCCGCCCCCCAGGCCCAGAGUUCCCAGCCCCAGUCCAUGCUGGACCAGCAGCGGGAGCUGGCCCGGAAGCGGGAGCAGGAGCGGCGGCGCCGGGAGGCGAUGGCAGCUACGAUCGACAUGAAUUUUCAGAGUGAUCUAUUGUCAAUAUUUGAAGAAAAUCUUUUCUGAGAACACCUAGGCGACUUGUGACUUGUGACUUUCUGGGCGAUACGUUGACUCUCCAAUAGUGUUAGGGGCGGCAGUGGAGGCAGGAGCAGUGGCGGCCAGCGGUGUCCUGGCCUGGCCCUCCUGCAUGCUAUGCCCGGGGCAGGCCUGACGGGCAGCUGAGGAUCGCAGAGCCUGUCUGCCUUACAGCCAGCCGGACAGACGUG